CACUCCAAACCGAUCCAAUUGUCAAUGAACCUGCGACUCUCUCUGUCUUUGCCAAAUGCCCACACAGUAACACGCUUCCAACACGUACGUCUCUGCAACGCAACUCAUUGAUACCUCCCUCUCUCCCACCCCACCAUAAUCUUCUUCAAUCCCAGGUCCACAUCCUCCUCGUCACUCUCAACGCCUAAUUCAAUUUAAUUUCCCAACCUCCUCUACCUCUCUGCAAGCCCCAAAAUCAGGGCUUGCUUCGCUCUCAAAUCACUCCAUCUCUGCGAAACAAACAAACCCUAAUUUUGAAAUCAACAAACCCCAAAUCUUUCCUCUAAUUCAGCCAAUUCGCAAACCACACAACCCACAUUGCCGAUAGAUAACGAUGUCGUUCGAGGAAGAGGAAUCGUUCGAGCACACAUUAUUGGUGGUUCGUGAAGUCUCCGUAUUCAAAAUCCCACCUCGAUCCACGAGCGGUGGGUACAAAUGCGGCGAGUGGCUUCAAUCGGACAGGAUUUGGUCGGGUCGCCUCCGGGUCGUGUCGUGCAAGGACCGUUGCGAGAUCCGGUUGGAGGAUCCGAACUCCGCCGAGCUCUUUGCGGCGUGCUUCGUACACCCCGGUCAGAGAGACAACUCGGUGGAGCCGGCGCUCGACUCGUCUCGGUACUUCGUGUUGAAGAUCGAGGACGGGACGGGCAAGCACGCGUUUAUUGGAUUAGGGUUUGCAGAGCGGAAUGAGGCGUUUGAUUUCAAUGUGGCGUUGUCGGAUCACGAGAAGUAUGUGAAGAGAGAGCACGAGAAGGAAGCCGGCGAAGCAAGCGACGAUAGUCACAUCGAUAUUCAUCCGGCGGUGAAUCACAGAUUGAAGGAAGGGGAAACCAUCCGGAUAAAUGUGAAGAACAAACCAUCUGGUGGAACUGGCAUGCUUUCAGCUGCUGGGUUGUCGGGGGGGCUUUCUGGAACUGGAAAGCCAAAAGCACUGGGUCUUGCACCUCCACCUACUGGAGCUGGGAAAAUUAGGACUCCUCUCCCACCUCCACCCAAUGAUCCUGCUGCUGCUCGGAUUUCUUCUGCCAACCAUGGUGUUGCUCUCAAGGGACCUAAGGAAAGUGUGAGGCACUCUACGGAUCCUUUCUCCGAGCUUUCUCAACUUGAGAGAAAUCUUCCUUCCACAACUGGAUCAGGAUCAACCAAGUCGAAUGCAGCUGGGUGGGCAGCAUUUUGAUUGUGGGGAGUGUGAUAUGAUUGAGAUAUUUAUUUGUUGUUAUGUUGAAUAGACAAAAAGGGAAAUCAAUGAGAAUCAAAGAAACUUGAGGUAUCUAAUACCAUUUCUGAAAAAAUAAUGUUUCUUGGAAAA